GAGGCAAAAAAUAAAUGAAAGUAAAUUAGCUGAUGGCACGAAAUGUGAGGGAAAGAAUGAUGUGUUCGGGAAUUAUAUACUCCCUUUCUUUUUAUGUUUGGCAAACAAAAAAGGAGGCGGAACCUUUUUACGGAUUUUUAAAAUAUGUACAGGGGCGGGGAAAAGAUUUAUUAAAUUGCGGACAGGAAACUUGCGGAUUCGAAAUUUGCGGAUUCAAGGCUCUCUAACAUUGUUUAUUUUGAUA